GGCGGGGCUGUGGUUGAGGAGGGGCGGUGGGAGUGGGCGGCGCUGCGGGCUGGCGGGGUUUGGAGGGUCGAGGGGCGCUACCACUCGCGGACGACCCGGGCUCUUUGUGAGGAAAACUCGACGGCUUUCCCCUCAAGCGUGUUCGUUCGUUGGCGCUGUCGGGAUCGAGGGGAGAGGUCCGACCGAGCCAUCCUCGCCCAAGAAGCCCUUGGAGAGCCCGGCUGGGUCUGCGUUCGGUUAGAGUCGCUGUUCAGGGGAGGGCUUAGUUGGGCAUUUUGUGCGGCCAGGCCUGUACGCCUGGCGCGGUGCGGGCAGCGCAGAGACGCCCCCGAGAGCUGGCCAUUUCUGCGGGGCCUCAGACCUCGGGGCCACAUCGGGCGCCCACCCUGGGCGUUUGUCAGAAAACAUAAGAUGAUAUCAUCAAAUUGAAUCGAAAGGAAGGAAAGAAGCAGAAUUUUCCGAGAUUAAAUAGAAAACUCCAGCAAAGUAGUGCCCGGCAAUUCAGGAUGAGAGUACGAUGGGGACUUCAACAGAAUUCUGGUUUUGGCAAGAAUAGUCUGAGCCGUAGAGGAAGAGUAAUGCCUGGAAAGAGACGUCCUUAUGGAGUUAUCACUGGCCUUGCAGCUAGGAAAGCAACUGGAAUUCGAAAAGGAAUUAGUCCUAUGAAUCGACCACCUCUAAGUGAUAAGAAUAUAGAACGAUAUUUUCCAGCAUUAAAAAGGAAGGCCAGCCUUCUGAGACAAAAUGAAGUACAGAGAAAAGCAGUUGCAGUUCUCAAGAGACCUAACCAGUUAAAUAGAAAAAAUAACAUUCCAACCAGUUUUACCAGGAGUGGAAAUAAAUUGAGUCAUCAGAAAGAUACUCGUCAGGCAACUUUUCUUUUCAGAAGAGGCCUAAAGGUUCAGGCCCAGUUGAACACAGAACAACUGCUAGACGAUGUAGUAGCAAAGAGAACUCGUCAAUGGCGGACUUCCACCACAAAUGGAGGAAUUUUGACUGUCUCUAUUGAUAAUCCUGGAGCAGUGCAGUGUCCAGUAACUCAGAAACCACGGUUAACUCGUACUGCUGUACCCUCAUUCUUGACAAAACGGGAACAAUCUGAUGUAAAGAAAGUCCCUAAAGGUGUCCCCCUACAAUUUGACAUAAACAGUGUUGGAAAACAGACAGGGAUGACUUUGAAUGAGCGAUUUGGGAUCCUGAAGGAACAAAGAGCUACUCUCACGUUCAACAAAGGAGGAAGCCGUUUUGUAACUGUGGGAUAGAUCCAUGUCAAAGGGACUUUUGAGUGAUGACUCUGUUUUAAAAGUUGAAUUGCUUGAAGAGUUCAUCACAAAAAUUCAAGAAACUUUAUUUCAAAAUAUUCACAAGGCUAAAUAACUCUUAUUUUUAUUUUUGAAGUGUGUUUUUUUUUUAAACAUGUAUAAAUAACUCCCUGAAAGAAUAACAGGGAAUAUACCUAUCUGUUCUUAAGAUUUCAUGGUCCAGACAGAACAAUUCUCUGUUUGACUUCUUUGGUUCCUCAUGAAGCAGAAAGAACACAGAAUGAUAGAAAUUAAUUAUUUUUAUGAUAGUGGUAUUUAGGAUCUCAUCACUUUUGUUCAUUUUUUACACUUUCCCAUGGUAAAUCUUGGUCUUCAGAGAUAUGAGUAGGUCCCUUUGUUGCUGUCACCCAUCCUUUAAUAGUGUUGAUGUAAUAAGUGCAGUUGACUUUUCUUCAUUAGAUAUAUUAAAAAAAAUCACUAGAAUUCCAGUUUUGAGUUUUAAGAUUUUUGGGAAUAUCUGGAAUUUGGGUUACUUUUCAGAUGACAUUAGGUUAAUCCUCCAGAGUUGUUAAUUUUUAAUGCUGAACUUUUAACAAGAAAUGUGACUCUAGGCAUUAGUCUGUGUUUAAAAUGUUGAUAUUUAAAGGCUAUAAAUAAAUGUGUGUUUACAAAAUUAUCUUAGAAGAGAAGGUCCAAUGUAAAAACCUGAAAAUUGUGUUUAGAAAAUGAAGAAAACAGGAGGAAGUAGCAGGUUGAGGACAGGGAACUGAGGUGAAAAACUUCAAAACCCAGGACACAGAUAUACUGUUUGAAUUUGAUGUAGCCUUGCAUCUAGUGUCCAUGAAGAAUUCUUCAAACGAUAUUUAGAAGAAUUAAAAUUAUCAAAAUGGUAUGAUUCCCUUAGAUACUUUGAUGGUAAAAUCAAUAGCCAUAAAGUCCUAGACUUAUUCAAAAAAAGUUAAAUUUGAUUAGCUUUUUAAACUUGCUAAUGACACAGUAUGCAGUUUCAAAAUAAAAAACAUACUUGUAUAUGUCACAAAGAAAAAUAUCCAAAAUGGUAAUAGAGUUACAUUGUACCCUUGUUUCAUACCUUUCUUGUAUGUAUAAAGUUUAGGCAUUUAUGGUGAGAGGAGUUUUUUUUUCUCUCCCACACUCUAGAGGAGUGGGAGGAAUUAAUCUGUUGUGCCAAGCUAGUGCUGAAAGUCCUCAGAUGGUUGUAUACUAUAAGUUACAGUAUAAUGCCAAAAUGCAGUAACACAGUCCAGCUACAAGUCCAGUCAUUUUGAAGCUUAACCUUUUGUUUUGCUAUAAUGUUAAAACCUCUAAGUAUAGAUGUUAGUUUCCCUAGAGUAUAUUGGUGUUGAUUUUCCCUAUAGAACAAAACAAAACAUUAAGUCAUCACUCUUGCCUGCCUUGCAUUAUAUAUUAGAUGUCACUGUUUUCUCUCAUGCUCCUUGGGUUACUUUGGUUUAUGUUAGCCACGGAAAAGUAUCACCUAACAGUUUCAUGCUUAUACCAAAGAAUUAAAUCUGAUCCUUAAUACCUGGUAUUUUGCCGGUUAAGUCUACUGAUAAAGGAUUAUUUGAAGCCAGUCACACAAUUUGAAAAUAAACUCUAGUCUCCUUAGGCCAAGGACUCAUUGCAAAACAUUUUUGUAAGUACAGAUGCUUAGAUUUCAUCCAUUAACAGUCCAUCUUAUUUUAGACUGGUUUAGAAUUACUGAUAGCUUAUUUUAAAGCAAAGAAAAAACAACUGAGCACAGAUUUGCUGUCUUUAGAGCAGUUUGUGAAAAUAUGGUAUAAAGAUGCUUUCUUUUUUUUAUUUUAAAUACUGUACAGAGCUAUUAUUAAUGCCAUUUUUCUUGAAAACCUUAAAAAUUGUCCCAAAUACUGACAUUAAUUGCAUCAAACAACAGUGUCUUUGGUAUAUUAAACUUUUGUUCUUUGUGCAUCUCUAAUUUCAUUUUCUUUUUAAAUAUGAAAUUUUGCCUUUGUUAUAACUAAAUUAAAAUUCUUGAGUGCUAACAUUGUAUAUAAACAAAAGAAUAUGCUUUAUUGGAGGAACAUAUCCUUUCUUGGGAUGUGGUUGUAGUUAUCCUUUUUCAGUUCUUAAAUUUUUUUUUAAACAGGACAACUUAAAAUUUCCUUUGCAUCAAGGUGUAUGCAAAACAUUGAUGCAGUGCAUCACAAAAUGAAAGUUUGUAUUUAAUGAGGAGAUGCUUUACACUGUACUUUUUGGUGUUUUUUGGAAAAGUUACAAAUUUAGAUCUAUUCUGAAGCUGUUCAUUUUUAACAAAUAAAAUCUUACAGGUCUCACAUUUA